AUGCCUUCCACUACCCGCCCUUGCUCGCCACCGCCACCUCGCAUGGAAUCCCCACAGCUGCUGCCAACACCUCUCCCAUUACCCCACGUCGUUCACCGACAGAGGUCGCAACCACAGCUUCACGCUACAACAUCUACCCCGCAGAGGCCUCCUAGGUCAUCUCACAGAGCUAUGCCUUCCAUGGACGCGCUUCCUCGGGCCACAAAACUCAAUUCUACCCUGUGGCCCGAUUGCGGCGACUUUGGUACCAAGAACGAGAAAACAUCUCCCCCUACACUUCCUGUCACUCCUCCACGCGAGCAUAUUCCCGGCAAGGGAUACCACCGCCGCAAUCUCUCCAUCUCUAUUUCACCAAAGGCUUUACCACCCGUACCCCGCUCACGCACUCGCUCGCGCUCGCCGCCUCCUCCGUUCUUGCGCGAGCCACCGCCACCGGUGCCUCCCAUUCCUGCGUACCUGUUGAGCGCAGGGGGCAAGAAGACCAUCCUUCUCCGACCCAAGUCGUCCAAUAACCGCCCCGUACCUAUCAUCAUCCCUCCACUCAACUUCUGCGACUCGGACUCUGACUCUGAUGUCACACCACCCUCCUCGGCGCAUAGAUUACAAGCACCAGCUGUUCCUCGCGCCUCAAGUCAGGAGGCUAUGACGUGCUUGAAGUUCUUCGCACUUCAUAACUCCCAAGAUCCGAAGGUCAAUCCACUGUCGACGUAGGAGGGUUCGGUACAGGGGCGCGUGUCUACGCGUCAGGGCGCGUCGAAGGAGAGUAGCAUUCGGAUUCGGACCGGGACCACCACCUCCUCCUCACCUUCCCCAUCAGUCGUCAUUGCGUAUCCAGCUCUUGAUCAUCGCUUCGAAUCGCACGUUAUCAAGUCGCAUCUCAUUUCCCCUCUGCACGGACUUCGUACUAUCAUUGAUCACUUUCCCUUUUUACCUUACCAUCCGGGGUUUGUUCGUCCCUUACUUUCACUCCUUUGUUUCAGUUUGUUUUUCCUACGGACGCUUGCUACGUAUACCAGUACUUGCACGGCGCCGAGAUGUUUCUGUCAUUACCAUUGCAUGCACUGUAACACCAUCUGCAUAAAAUUCUCUCGGACUCUUCUCUCUUUACCUUAGCAUCUCGUGGUCCAGGACCAUUGUUUGUCCUCGGACACAUCAUAUUCGUCGCUCGUUCUCAAACGCAGCUUCGCACCCGCCACUCCUUCGUUCGUUUACUUUAUUCUGUAAUGUUUUAAAUUAUCAUUCGCAGUAUUAUUUGCUCUCAUCCGCUAUGGCGCUUGUCGUCGGCAUCACGAAUUCCAAUCG